UGCACUGAGACAAGAAACUUCAUGUGUUACAAACAAGUUAACCUCACCUCAGUCAGCUAUCAUCUGAUUACUGAUCAGUCUAAGACCUGGUAUAAGGCUCAGAAUUUCUGCAGGAGCAUCUACACUGAUCUGGUCAGCAUCAAAGAUCAGGUCCAGAAUGUAGAAGUGAUGAAAGCAGGGAUGAACAGCAGCACACCCUUCUGGAUUGGUCUGCUGCAUGAUGACUGGGAGUGGGCUGAUGGAGGAAGAUCUGCUUACAGAAACUGGGAGGAUGGACAACCUCGACCAUCAUCAUCAUCAUCAUCAUCAUCAUCAUCAUCAAACUGUACACAGCUGAAUGUGAAUGGGAAAUGGCAAACAGUGCCAUGCAGUAAUGUUGUGGAGGCCAUUAUGUGCUACUAGGGCUGGUUUUAGUUUGCUAUUUUAGGGUGGCUGGUAAGAAAAAUAGGUGGGUAAUGUGGUUGGUAAAGAGCUUUAAUAUAAGUAUGUGAUCUAAAUAUAAAAAUGUAGAAAAUCGUUAAUACAAUAUCAUAAACAAAUAUAACCGGCAGUGAAA